AUGGCGAACGAGUCACCGGCCAAGAGUCUGGGGGAGAUAGACCUGGCAUCUCUACGGGAUCCUGCUGGUAUAUUUGAACUCGUGGAAGUGGUUGGAAAUGGCACGUAUGGACAAGUUUAUAAGGGUCGUCAUGUCAAGACCGGUCAGCUGGCUGCCAUCAAAGUCAUGGACGUCACCGAGGACGAGGAGGAGGAGAUCAAGCUGGAGAUCAACAUGCUGAAGAAGUACUCGCACCACCGGAACAUCGCCACGUACUAUGGAGCCUUCAUCAAGAAGAGCCCCCCGGGACACGACGACCAGCUCUGGCUGGUGAUGGAGUUCUGUGGGGCCGGCUCCAUCACAGACCUGGUGAAGAACACCAAAGGAAACACUUUGAAGGAGGACUGGAUCGCAUACAUCUCCAGGGAGAUCCUCAGGGGCCUGGCUCACCUACACGCUCACCACGUCAUCCACAGAGACAUCAAGGGCCAGAACGUGCUGCUGACGGAGAACGCAGAGGUCAAACUGGUGGACUUUGGUGUGAGUGCCCAGCUGGACCGCACGGUGGGCCGUAGGAACACGUUCAUUGGGACACCGUACUGGAUGGCCCCUGAAGUCAUCGCCUGUGAUGAGAACCCGGACGCAACCUACGACUACAGGAGUGACCUGUGGUCGUGUGGAAUCACUGCGAUAGAAAUGGCCGAGGGAGCCCCACCUCUGUGUGACAUGCACCCCAUGAGAGCGCUCUUCCUCAUCCCUAGGAACCCUCCUCCUCGCCUCAAGUCCAAGAAGUGGUCUAAAAAGUUCUUCAGCUUCAUUGAGGGCUGCCUAGUGAAGAACUACACCCAGCGGCCGCCCACAGACCAGCUCCUCAAGCACCCCUUCAUCCGGGACCAGCCCAACGAGAGGCAGGUCCGCAUCCAGCUCAAGGACCACAUCGACCGCACCAAGAAGAAGAGGGGCGAGAAGGAUGAGACUGAGUAUGAGUACAGCGGCAGUGAAGAGGAAGAAGAGGAGUCGUCUGAGCAGGAAGGAGAGCCCAGCUCCAUCGUGAACGUUCCCGGAGAGUCCACUUUGCGACGGGACUUCAUCCGUCUGCAGCAGGAGAACAAGGAGCGCUCAGAGGCCCUCAGGAGACAGCAACUCCUGCAGGAACAACAGCUCCGCGAGCAAGAGGAGUACAAGAGACAGCUGCUGGCCGAGAGGCAGAAGAGGAUCGAGCAGCAGAAGGAGCAGAGGAGGCGGCUCGAGGAGCAACAGCGGCGCGAGCGCGAGCUACGGAGGCAGCAGGAGCGCGAGCAGAGGCGCCGAGAGCAGGACGAGAAGCGCCGCAUGGAAGACCUCGAGCGGCGACGCAAAGAGGAUGAGGAGAGGAGGAGAGUGGAGGAGGAGAAGAGGAGGGCAGACCGCGAGCAGGAGUACAUCCGGAGGCAGCUGGAGGAGGAGCAGCGGCACCUGGAGAUUCUCCAACAGCAGCUGCUGCAUGAACAGGCCAUGUUACUGGAGCACAAGUGGAAAGAGCUGGAGGAGCAGAGGCAGGCCCAGGAGCUCCACAAGCAGCUCCAGAGAGAGCAGACACAUCUGCUGGCCCUGCAGACCAGCCACCAGCUCCAAGACCACAACAGUGUUCCAACCAAUCAAACACUUCAAGACCACCUCAGCAUCCAAACCAACCACAGCCUCAAGAAGAACCACAGCUUGUUCAAAAAAGACCAAAGUCCUGAUGUUCUCCGCAACCAGUCCAUGGUCCAGAGAGGAGACCAGAGUCUGGAUGCCCAACCUAUCAAUUCCAACAUAAAGAGAAGAGACCAGAGUCCACAGGUGCUCCAAGAUAACCCCAAAGUUCUGACCAAAGGCCGAAGUAUUGAAGCUGGCUUCGAAGAGAGAACGAUGCAGACCAAGGACCAAAGCCAUGAAGAUCUUAAUGUCAAGUCAACAAGUGCAGACAAAUCCGAGGUCCACAUCCACAAUCCUUCAUUGGAGCAUCUUCCUAAUGGGACCUGGAAUGCUGACCCUGUCCUGGAGGCCGACGAGCGGUACCGGAAGAACGUCCAGGGUUCUCCACAGUCGGUACAGACCAAACCGUCUCAGCCCCCAGUGCCCCCCACACGCUCAGAGUCCACCCAUGCCAACGGCAACGCUUCGUCCGACAGCCAGGCCCAGCACCGGCCCGGCGAGCCACAGGUGGCUGCUCCCCCCUCGCAAACACUCAGAGGAACCUUCCGAAAAUGUGUCCUCGCUCACCUGGCUAAGGCCACGCCCCCGGUCCUCUCUCGCUCGCACUCAUUCACCAAUCAGGAGGCUGGCUUUGGCCCGCAUCACCCUACAUCUUCCUCAUCAUCACCAUCAGCACGUUCUGACCCCCACCCCCCUCAUACAGCCCCCCCAGAGCACCCACCACCCCGGGUUCCAGUCAGGACCACAUCUCGAUCGCCCGUGCUCCCGCGGCGAGACUCUCCCCAUCGCCACGGCAAUCCCCCUCCAAGCGGACAAUCGGCACACCGGACAGUGGCCAGCGCAGCAGAGCCCCGGCUGCUAUGGGAGCGGGUGGAGAAACCCAAACCCACCAACCAUGUGUCUCCCAGCUCCAGACUGACCAAUCACACGGGCAGUGGAGGGUCCAGCUCCUCCUCCUCCAGCUCCAGCUCUCACCCGGGCUCUCAGUGCGGGUCUGGUGAGAGAGCCAGGGCCCGCUCCUCUUCCAUAUCAGACGGCUCUCCCCUCCAGAGAGCGGAGCAGGUCGCGAAAAAACCCGAGGAGAGGCGGGACUUGCUCCGGCCCAGCAAACCGGCGGACCUCACCGCGCUGGCUAAGGAGCUGCGUGCGGCCGACGACGUUCGCCCCCCUAACAAAGUCACAGACUACUCCUCCUCCAGCGAAGACUCGGACACCAGCGAGGACGAGGAGGACGAGGAGGUGGACCAGGAGGCCGGCGAGGAGUCCACGUCCGGCCCGGAGGACAGCAAAGCCAAGCUGAGCAAUGGAGAGCUGCCUUCGGCAAAGACCAUGGUGGUCCGCGAUGACGGGGAGAGCGAUGCCGGCUCCACCCCCUGUAAAGACAGCACCCUCAUCGUCCGACAGCUUCAUCAGGAUCACCACCACCAUCAUCAUCUUCAACAGCAGCAGCAGCAAGGGCCUCUAUCAGGCUUCAACCACGUCACCCAUUCCUCCCCCUACCACCCCCACCACAGCCCACACACGCCCCAGGACCGGAGCCGCCUGCACCUGCUGCCGGACCUCCUCCAGCAGGGUGGCCCCCAUGUCUCCCCCGUGUCGCCCCCUCACAGACCCCCCCACUCGUCCCCCCACAGCCCCAUGAGUCCCAUGAGCCCGCUGGAAAAGAUCGCCAUGCUGCAGGAGAGCCAGUCCAGCAACAACAUGCAGAAACACAAGUCCUCGUCGUCGUUCACGCCGUUCAUUGACCCGCGGCUACUGCAGGUGUCGCCCUCUACAGGCAGCGCUCUGAAUAACGUUGCCCUCCCCUUUGACGUGCUAGGCUACGCUAACGACGCGCGGCUAGCGGAGGCGCUGCGGGCCGAUGCUUCCCGCAAGGGGUCUGUAGUGAACGUGAACCCAGUGAACACACGCCCCCAAAGCGACACGCCCGAGAUCCGGAAGUACAAGAAGAGGUUCAACUCGGAGAUCCUGUGCGCCGCGCUCUGGGGAGUGAACCUGCUGGUGGGCACAGAGAGCGGCCUGAUGCUGCUGGACAGAAGUGGACAGGGAAAAGUUUACCCUCUGAUCAACCGCCGCCGCUUCCAACAGAUGGACGUGCUGGAGGGGCUGAACGUGCUGGUCACUAUAUCAGGUAAGAAGAACAAGCUGCGGGUGUACUACCUGUCGUGGCUCCGGAACAAGAUCCUCCACAACGACCCCGAGGUGGAGAAGAAGCAGGGCUGGACCACCGUGGGCGAUCUGGAGGGCUGCGUGCACUACAAAGUCGUGAAGUACGAGAGGAUCAAGUUCCUGGUGUUGGCUCUGAAGAACUCUGUGGAGGUGUACGCCUGGGCCCCUAAACCCUACCACAAGUUUAUGGCCUUCAAGUCUUUUGGGGACCUGGUGCACAAGCCUCUGAUGGUGGACCUGACCGUGGAGGAGGGCCAGAGGCUGAAGGUUAUCUACGGCUCCUACUCCGGCUUCCAUGCUGUGGAUGUGGACUCGGGAGCGGUCUACGACAUCUACCUGCCCACACAUAUCCAGACCAGUAUCCUGUCCCACGCCAUCAUCAUCCUGCCCAACACCGACGGCAUCGAGCUGCUUGUGUGCUACGAGGACGAGGGCGUCUACGUCAACACGUACGGCCGCAUCACCAAAGACGUGGUGCUGCAGUGGGGAGAGAUGCCCACCUCUGUCGCGUACAUCCGGUCCAACCAGAUCAUGGGCUGGGGGGAGAAGGCCAUCGAGAUCCGCUCGGUGGAGACAGGGCACCUGGACGGGGUGUUUAUGCAUAAGAGAGCACAGAGACUCAAGUUCUUGUGCGAGAGAAACGACAAGGUGUUCUUUGCCUCGGUGCGCUCUGGAGGCUCCAGUCAGGUCUACUUCAUGACUCUGGGCCGCAGUAACCUCCUCAGCUGUGUAAUUCCGUGCGUCGGCGGUGGUUUUCUAAGCGAGCCAGCGUCCACGGUCUGCCUGCUUUAUCACAGACGACUCAUCUGGACCUUCUCUGAACAAAAAAUGCUGCUGUUGCUGCUGUCCACGCUACGUUGUGUGAGCUCAGGGCCGCCUCUGCCUCCUCUGCCAGUGCACGAGGGCUGUCUGCAGGUGUCCCCAGAGGUCCCCCUGUUCCGUGUGGAGGGGGAGGCGGUGAUCCUGUCUUUCCCGCGCUUCCACAGUGUCCUUCGGGAUCACGGGCUGUCCCUGUCCGGUGCCUCUGUCCUCGUCUCCAAGACCAACACCAUCACUAGCUCCACCCACAAUGACACCUAUGGCCCCUCCCACAACGAAACAGAGACACGUGUUCUCCAGCAGGGGGCGCAGCUGUGGCUCCUCCCAGCACACCAGUCCGACUCGGGACACUACAGCUGCACGUACAGGUCUAAGAUGUUUUGUGCCAGAGGAGGCCUCACUCUGCAUGUGUACUCGUCCCUGGUUGAGCACUUGGACAAAGUAGCGUUCUCUCAUCGGAUCUUUGAGGGCGAGAGUCUGAGAAAGAAGUGUCCUGCCCUGAGCCUCUUCAACCACUCACACUCACACGUGCACUGGGACAAGGUGUCUGGAGCGAGGGGCCCCUUCAGCUCUGUGGGGGGCCAUCUGCAGAUCGAGGAGGUGCGGUCGGAGCACUCAGGCCUGUACCGCUGUCGGGCCUCUGUGGAGAUGAAGCACGGGACGUUCACGGUCAGCAGAGCCGUCAUCAUCACUGUGCAAGCUCUGCCCUCUCAGACUGACUCUGUCCCCACAGUGACCGCUGCACACAAAGCUCCAAUGAUCCUCUCGCCUGAGAACGGGACCGUCUUUGAAAAUACUCUCGGCUCAGGCCUGGAGCUCCACUGUACCGUGCUCACAGACUGUCCAAUAGCAGAGCUCACACAGGUCAUGUGGCUGGUGAACGGCCAAUCGGUGGAGUCUUCGUACCUGGAUGGGCGGGCUCUGGAGGGAGGCAGAAGGGUGGACAAGGCGUUUGAGGGCUGCCUCAUAAAGCUCCGCCUACUUCUCCUGGACAUGACACAGAAGGACACGGAGGUGGAGCUAAAGUGUGUUGCUCACAAUCAACAUGGCGGACAGGAAGUGGACGUGCGGCUGCAGCUGGAAGACUCUACGCACACAUGGGUGGUGGUGUGGUGUGCGGCCCUCUUCUGUCUGGCCUUGGUGGUCUUCUUCUUCCUCUGGGCGUUCUUCAGACCAUACUCCAGCCGGAGCAAAGCAGACUACAUCCCGGCUCGACAUCACAGCUCUGUUCUCUCCUGCGACCUGAGCUGA